UCAGCAGGACCUCAGCCAUGAGACCUCUCAUCCUGGCCUUCCUCGCGAUCUGCUGUCUCACAGCACACGUUGUGGAAGGUGUGGGGAGUGAAGUCCUAGAAAAGAGUGUCUGUGUGAGUCUAACUACCCGGCGACUGCCAGUCAAAAACAUCAAGACCUACACCAUCAAGGAAGGCUCCAUGAAAGCAGUCAUAUUUAUUACCAAACGUGGCCUUAAAGUCUGUGCUGAUCCGCAAGUUGAGUGGGUGAAAAAAGCAGUCGAAAGUGUGGACAAGACCACCAGAAGAGGAGUGAUCCAGACCAAGCCUACAGGAGCCCAGCAGUCCACCAAUACAGCUGUGACCCUGACCACAUAGUGGACUUUCAGCACCUUGUCCCCCUCACUAGCCAGCUAGCUCACUUCCCUUUACAAACUCAUGGACUUAUUCAAUUAUGUUCACCUUUUAGGAAAGUGCUGCAUGAGUCAAAUUAUUUUCUUACAUUUUUAUUUUUCAUGUCUUUCAUAUUCAUUUAGAUGCUCUAAUUAAUAAAUAUUUAUUAUUAAGAAUAGUCCCAAAGACUAUUCAUUAUGUACUGGAAAAGUAAUAUAUCAUUUAUGUUCUAUUUCUGUCCUAACUGAACCUCCCUUUGAUGGUAUCCAUGAUGGGAGAGAUUUUGGCCAAUGUUUAUCAGAGAUGAAACGUAUAUUCUUCAUUCUUAGGUUCCAGCUUGAAGGUUCUUUACACAUGAGUCACAAGUGAGAUCUUGUGGCAAUGACAGUUCAAGAUCCAUUUCACCCUGUCUUCAUAAUGGAGCUCUAUUUAUGGAAUAAGGGAGAAAAUAAUCCAACUGUCACUAGGUUCCCAAUCUGAGGGGCCACUACUCAAAAAGUGGCUUUACUCAAGUUUGAUCUGGAGCAAAUUCUCUUACCUCUCUGUGUUUCAUUUGAUCUCCUAUGAAAGGAAAAAAAGACAGCGCUUGUCAGUUCUUUCAUUUGUCAAGGUAGCAAAGGUUAGAUUUUUGGUGAAAAGAUACUUGAUGCAAAUAAAAAUCAAUGCUCUUCUAAUUGGGCAAUGAUCUCACUGCCCUUCUGUGAUUUCUGUAAUUGUCACUACUUCUGUUAUCAUACAAGUCAUGCUUCUCUGCCAGUAAGCUUUUAACACCCCAAACACUGUCACCUGGAACAUUUCUUGAAUGUGAUCACAAUCUGCAGUAAUGUUUUAAUAAAAUGUUCAUCUGGUCACUCAAUACCCCAGACUCAUGCUCUCUUAUAUUCUCAUUAAAUUGCUGAUUUGAUUCCU